AUGGGUAUGAGACUUGACGCGGAAGACUUCAUAUGCAGAGACGACUUGAUAUGCUGACCGCACUAAGGUGUUCCCAAAUUCUUUCGCUGGCUCUCGGAGCGUUAUCCGGCCAUAUCACAGCUCAUCGCCGAGAACCGCAUCCCCGAGUUCGACAACCUCUACCUCGACAUGAAUGGUAUCAUCCACAACUGCACUCAUAACAAUGCCGAUUCCGCGACCAAGGCCCGACUCUCCGAAGACGAGAUGUUUAUCAAGAUAUUCAACUAUAUCGAGCAUCUGUUCGGCAAGAUCAAGCCUCAGAAGCUCUUCUUCAUGGCCAUCGAUGGUGUGGCACCCCGUGCGAAAAUGAAUCAGCAGCGCUCCCGACGUUUCCGAACAGCACUCGACGCUGAGCGCGCGCGAGAUAAGGCGAUCAAGGACGGCCUCGAGCUGCCCAAGGAGGACCCAUUCGACUCGAAUUGUAUCACCCCCGGUACCGAGUUCAUGGCGCGCUUGACGCAACAGCUGAAGUACUUCAUUGCGAAGAAGGUCAGCGAGGACCUCGACUGGCAAGGCUGUGAAAUUGUUCUAUCGGGGCACGAGGUUCCAGGAGAAGGAGAACACAAGAUCAUGGAAUACAUUCGCCAGGCCAAGAGUCAGCCCGGUUACGACCCGAAUGUGCGGCAUUGUAUGUACGGUCUGGAUGCGGAUCUAAUCAUGCUGGGUCUUCUCUCUCACGAUCCCCACUUCUGCUUACUUCGUGAGGAGGUUACUUUUGGACGACAGAGCAAAGUGAAGAGCAACGAGCUGGAGCACCAGAACUUCUAUCUCAUGCAUCUUUGUAUUGUGCGCGAGUAUCUACAGCUAGAAUUCCAAGAGCUGGAGAAGCAGGAGAACUUACCUGUUCAAUUUGAUAUGGAGCGGAUCAUUGACGACUUCAUUCUUAUGGCAUUCUUCGUGGGCAACGACUUCUUGCCCAAUCUGCCACAUCUGCACAUCAACGAGGGAGCGCUGGCGCUGAUGUUCGAAGUUUACCGCAAGGUUCUGCCGAAGGCCGGCGGAUACAUCAACGACGGCGGCGUGAUCAACCUGAAGCGCCUUGUGAUGCUCUUGAAGGAGCUCGCUGGAGUGGAGUAUCGAUUUUUCGAAGCAGAAAACCAGGAUGCAAGCUGGCUCAAGGACAAGAGUUACAAACAGGAGGAUGUGAUGGCCAAGGCUAAGAAGAGAGGUGUUUCAAGCAUGACUUCCUACCAGAACGAGUUAUAUCAGAAGGUGAAGAAGUACGUCAACAGCCGCGCUGGGAACGGCAAGGAUGCCGUACUUGAUAUGCCUGAGACGCUUAAGGCGGCUGAUCGGUCCUUUGUGGAAGAAUUGGCGAACAGUCUACGGGUUCAACACGCCAGCGUGGUUGACGGUGAGGGCAAUCGUCACAUGAAAUUAUCGUUUCCUCCGCGUCCAGAAAUGGACGACGAGGACGACGACGAGGACGAAGAAGCCCAGAAUGCUCUGCUUCGUGUUUUCAAGCAGUACGAUCGGGCGAAAAUCGAAGACGUUUCUGCCUCAGAAGCGCAGCAAAAAGCCAAGGAGAAGUACGACCAAAAGUUCUACAACUGGAAGGAUAAAUAUUACACCACUAAAUUUGGGUGGGGCCUGGACAAUGAGGAAGAGAUGAAGAAGCUCGCUGAGAACUACGUUCAAGGUCUGCAGUGGGUGUUGUUCUACUACUACCGGGGUGUUGCAUCCUGGCCGUGGUACUACCAAUAUCACUACUCGCCCAUGAUCAGCGAUGUUGUCAAGGGUCUCGGCGCUAACAUGGAGUUCCAACUGGGCCAGCCCUUUCGUCCUUUCCAGCAGCUGAUGGGAGUGCUGCCAGACCGAAGCAAGUCUAUUGUUCCAAAGGUCUACUGGGACCUCAUGACCAAUCCGAACAGCCCCAUCAUCGACUUCUACCCACGAGAUUUUGAGCUCGAUAUGAAUGGAAAGAAGAUGGAAUGGGAGGCUGUCGUCAAGAUUCCGUUUAUCGAUGAAAAGCGUCUCUUGUCGGCGAUGGCGUUGAAAGACCCUUUGCUGACGGAAGACGAGCGGAGGCGUAACGAAUUUGGUGUCAGCCUCAAGUUCACCUAUGCCGCGCAGGUUGACUACACCUACCCUAGUAGUCUACCGGGGAUAUUUCCAGAUAUAGAGCACUGUCGCGUCGUGGAGAACAUCUUCGAAUUGCCCACUAUGGACGGGUUGGAGGUCUAUGUUGGCCUUAUGGAGGGUGUCAAGCUCGGUGCGGCUGCGCUGGCUGGUUUUCCAUCUCUCCGCACGUUGCCACACACUGGCCAGCUAGGCUUUCACGGUGUCAGCGUGUUUCAGCAGGAGAGUCGUAACGAGAGCAUGGUGGUUACUUUGAGCGAGGGAGAAGAGAGCGGCACUCUUGCUCACGCACGACAGCGGCUCGGAAAGGCCGUCCACAUCGGCUAUCCAUUCUUGCAGGAAGGCAAGGUCACCAGCGUGUCCGACGAGUUGAUGACAUAUCGCUUAGCGGAUCCCCAAUCACCGCCCACAGAUCACAAUAUCAUCCAAGAGCCGCAUGGGCCAAAAGGUAUUGAGGGCUGGAAGAAGAAGGCUACCCGCAUCGAAAACCAUUACAGCAAGCGCCUGGGUACGAUCAUUGGUGAUGUCGAGAGCUUGGUCCAGAUUGAGCCUCUCAUCGGACUUCGUAAGACUGAGCAGGGAGCUACUGUGAAGGAGUACGCGCCUGUUCCUGGCAUUGAGCCAGACUACGCUACACAAACAGUCGUCGACCAUGUCGUUAGCGAAGACCAGCGCUUCUUGGAGAAAGCAGCGCUGCCCAUCGAGGAGGAAUUCCCACCUGGUACUCGCGCAUUUUUCCUUGGAGACAUGGCUUAUGGUCGACCUUUGCAGGUUACUGGCCACAAGACGGGUGCUGAUGGUGUUCCCAAAGCCGAGGUUUGGGUCUCGAUGCUUAAGAAUCGUGAGCCCGAAUUCGGCUUGGACGUUGCCAUGCAAGCUGAGAGGCAAAAUCCAUACGUACCAGCUUUCCAGGUUGCGAGGCAGCUCAAUUUGCAUCCCUUGGUGCUAUCGAAGCUCACGUCGGCAUUCAAUGUCACUUCGUCCGGCCUCAAACUCAAUCUUGGUCUGAACUUGAAGUUCGAAGCUAAGAAGAUGAAGGUGCUUGGCUACAGUCGAAAGGGCGAGAGUGGGUGGGAAUACUCGCCAAAAGCGGUCGACCUGAUAAAGCAAUACAUGGUCAACUUCCCAGAGUUUGUUGCUCGUAUUGCGGCAAACCCGACUGGUGACGGCUGGGAGGAUACCGCCUUCUACCCAGAUCCGCAAGAAGCCAAGCUCAAGAUGAAGGAAAUCGGGCAAUGGCUCAAGAGCGUCGAGACCAAGUCGUUCGAGCGUGUGCCACUGGAGGCUGAGCAGUUGGACGGCGACACUGUUAUGCGAAUCGAAAAAAUGGCUGAUGCUGUCAGCAAGGCUGGCGAAGCUGAGGGCAACAUGGAGGGCAAGCAAAUUGGCGGUGUUCCACGCAGCGCCCUACUAAAGCCAUCCGACGCAGACCAGCGCACUGGCGGUCAGAGGUUCCGUCUUGGCCAUCGUGUUGUGUAUGUCCUCGAUUCAGGCCGUGUCCCUAUCGCUAUGAGGGGUACGGUCGUCGGCCUGACGAGAACUCCACGCAACGUACUGCUUGACAUUGUAUUCGAUGCAACGUUCAUGAGCGGUACUUCUUUGAAUGAUCGCUGCUCACCAUUCAGAGGCAGCACGGUUCCGUCGAACGCGGUUUUGAACAUGAGCGACAAGCAGGUGCUCGCCAUGUCGAAGGCAGCCAAGGAUCGCGCUCCCAAGUCUAAUUUUACGCCCAUUCGUGGCGGCCAUUCUGCGCUCGCCAGCGCGUACGGUAUGCCUGACGGCUCCCAGCUUGUCGCAGCUAAUGCUCCUGCACCACUGCGUGGAGGUUGGCGCGGCGCCGUGAAUGGCAGUCCGCAACAGAACGGCGCAUCUCGCGGCGGCCAGCGUGGCAGGGGUGGCGGUCUCGGAAGCCAGCAGAACAUUCCCAUGCACCCGCGCGGUGGUCGCGGAGGUCUCAACGGCGUCACUCCCAAUUUCUCGCCACGCGGAGGAGGGGGGCGUGGAGGAGGGAAUCGCGCAGGUUACACCAUCAUCGACAACAGCGAUCCUUCUGAGGGGGUCGUGCAGAGAAACCCAGCUUUCAGACCGCAGAACUACAGCAACGUCCCGCCGCCUACCCACCUGAACGAGCGAGGCGGUCGUGGACGUGGUCGUGGCGGCAGAGGAGGCGAGGGGGGUAUGAGGGGACGUGGUGGACGUGGGAACGCACCGGGCAGAGGUGAGGUCACCGCAAGCUGA